AUGUCGAUAUCAGAUACAGUCCUACCAAGCAUUGAAGACCCAAAUAUCCUUACAACAUUUCCGAGCCACGGCCCCAGUCCCAGCGACCGAGAGAUAAUCCACAGUCCUGAGAUGCAACAGGUGUUGAACAAAUUCCCCAGCAUUGAUAUCGAGACAGUUCUUGACAUCCGGGCGAAACGGAUACGUGAGUCCACCCAACCAAGCGGCCUACUAGUUGCUCUGGCUGGUUCUGUCGAAAGCGAGGCCUGA